GGUUGAAACACCCAGAUCGAAAGAGGAAGCAGAAGAAACUACAGUAGGAGGUGAGCACUGAACUUUUUCAUACAACGAAACAGAUAUUUGCUGUAGGUUACAGAUAGAAAGAAAGACAAGAAAAAGCCUCAGGUGAGUAGUGUUCCCAUUGUGAGUGGAUUACACUUAUGGAAAAACUGACUUGAAACGACGGGUACAUGGAACUGUCGCAAUUGGUUUCGCUCUCCACUGGCUCUGACGCUCAACAUUGCUAUUGGACCCUAUUGCCGAACGAUGAAAAGAGGAUAAAUCAAUUCAUGCAAAUAAGCAUCCAAGCAAAACGUAGAAACAGAUGUGAAAUUAUGUGAAUUCUAUAGGGACUCGAUCGAACAGAGAAAAUGUAAAUCACUUGUAAAUUCAAAAAACGUAUGUGGCAAGUAAAAGAAAUUGAAACUUUGUUCGUCGGGGUUUUUCCCUUAGAAAAAGGAUCAGCACUUGACGUGGACGCUUGAAUCCAUUUAUCAUGAAAUUCCGCAAAUACCGGUUGGGAUGUUAAUAGAACACACGUUUUCCCGGCCUUCCACUGGAAAAUUCCCGCGAAUAAGUGAAAUUUUGAAAAGGUAGUCCUGUUUUCCCGGUGGAAAUGCAUGUUCCAUUUACGAGUUUUCACAAGCUUUAAAAUUUCACGGCAAUAUCUGUGUUACCAUCUUGAAUUUUGGUGACGAGAGCAUAAACUUCACUCGAUGGACCUUUCAGCUUUUUAAUGUAUAACGGCCAUUCUUAGCUAAGGCUGCUCCUAAAAGUCUUAAGUUUGUGCGAAAAUCAGUACAAAACAUCAUUAUAAUACGCGAUUAUCUGCAAAGGAUGUUUCUCUGUCAAAUUCUCCGGAACUGAAAAAAUGAAAAAGUCUUUUACUAGAAUUGGUUUUUUCUAUUUUAAAUUUAAAAUUUUAAUUGUCCUGCCUAGAUUAGCAUAAAAGCUAUUUGCGGGGCAUAAAGUAUUGUAAACUUUAUAGUUCUGUAAACCAAUACAUUGUUGUCGUUGUUGUUGUUUCCAUGGGCGUUUCCAAAAUUAUUGGUAAAUGGAAAACGCCCCGUAUGACUCCGGUGGACGGGGGGUUGGGGGAGAAGGGCAUUCCUAGGAAUUCUUGCUCAAAGAGUACCACCAAGUUCUCUGAAUCCUUACCCUGUUUCGGGCCAAAACGUGCCAUUUUGUGCAGUCGUUCUCAAACUUGUUCUCUCUAAACCCAUUCUUGUUUUCUCACCCGCUGGCUUGGGAAAACGUUUCUUCCUUUCCUUGAGUGAGCAAUAAAUGGCAUGAAAAAGUUCAAGACAGGUAGCGGGAAACUGGAAGUUGCUGAAGGCAUUUUGGAGAUAGUAGCGAGUAUGUCAGAGUUAACAGGCGAACCUCAUGGUCCUCCAUUGAAAGCAGUUUGUGUAAUCAUCAGUGCUGUUCUUGCUUAUAAGAGACCGGAGCAAGCGAGUGUGGUGGAUCGACUCGCACAAGUUGUACACGAGUAACUGGUAAACUUCAACACAAAAUUGCCAGACCAUAAAUACAAUGGUUUGAAACGCCGCCUGUCAGACCAGGUAACACAGUUGUGUACGAUGAGAUCAGGGGAAAGGCUAGUCGAUCCCAACUUAUGGAGUGACUUUAUUCAGUUCUUAGGUGAGCUGUCAAACAGAUUUGAAGCAGCCCUGCCAUUUCAGUAUGACAAAGGAUCUCUCACAAAAGAUCCUGAUUUGGCAGAUUUUGUGACAGCUGCGAGGCUUACAACUGCUUCAUGGCUCUUUUGAUGGUUGCUAAACGAACAUUUGAAGCCUUGGGGCAGGAGUACAAAGACGAACAAGAUGCUGUGAAUCGAAGAAUCAGCUGUCAGCAGAAUGAUGCUCGAGAAAAACUUACCUUCUUCUCAGAUGCAAGAUAUCUGACAUUUCUUGGAAGGAUGCCUUAUGAAGGAGGAAAACUUACAAAGAUCGUCGCUUUAAGCAGAAAUAUCGAAGGUAAAGGGCUGGUAGAAACAGUCAGAAGAAGCUUAAGCUUGCCGCCAAUGCCUGAUUCAGCGAUUGUUGAAUCUACUGCAGCUGAAUCGAAGUAGCGGGCCAUUCAGUAAAGUUGCGAUUACAGGGACAUCACGUACCUCCUGGAUAUGGCUUUUGGUGGAUGAAGGAAUGUGUCUUGGGCCCCCCCUUUGGGUUCAGUACGUCAAUGAGACAGAAUUUCCCAUGAAGAUUGUUUCCCGCAAGAAAAGUAACUGGUGGGGCUCAAGCGCAGGUUUUAUUAGUUACGACGUACAGCCUCAUUCAUCCUGUUCAAGGCUUUCAGGGACCAGUGUUCUACUCUUGCGGGUAUAUUAUCAUGUUUUUGAAUGGAAACGUAGGCCACGAUUUGGAACCACGGGCAAGAGAUACCAGAGCAAUAGAAUUUGCUUUCUGCCGAAAUUCUUUUCUUACACAUAUGAUUAACAUUCAGGAUAACACUGGCAAUGAAUUCACUCAAGGGGAAAACGCUUACAACGCUA